GGGGGGGGGGGCGCGGGGCCGCGGAAGCGCCAGCGCUACGUGGAGAAGGACGGCAAGUGCAACGUGCAGCACGGCAACGUGCGCGAGACCUACCGCUACCUGACCGACAUCUUCACCACCCUGGUGGACCUCAAGUGGCGCUUCAGCCUCCUCAUCUUCAUCCUGGCCUACGCCCUCACCUGGCUCUUCUUCGGCCUCAUCUGGUGGGUCAUCGCCUACAGCCGCGGCGACCUGGAGCACCUGGGCGACCACAGCUGGACGCCGUGCGUCAACAACCUCAACGGCUUCGUGUCCGCCUUCCUCUUCUCCAUCGAGACCGAGACCACCAUCGGCUACGGCCACCGCGUCAUCACCGACACGUGCCCCGAGGGCAUCGUGCUGCUGCUGCUGCAGGCCAUCCUGGGCUCCAUGGUCAACGCCUUCAUGGUGGGCUGCAUGUUCGUCAAGAUCUCGCAGCCCAACAAGCGCGCCGAGACGCUGGUGUUCUCCUCGCACGCCGUGGUGUCGCUGCGCGACGACCGCCUGUGCCUCAUGUUCCGCGUGGGCGACCUGCGCGACUCGCACAUCGUCGAGGCCUCCAUCCGCGCCAAGCUCAUCCAGUCCAAGCAGACGCAGGAGGGCGAGUUCAUCCCGCUGGACCAGACCGACCUGAGCGUGGGCUUCGAGACGGGCGACGACCGGCUCUUCCUGGUGUCGCCGCUCAUCAUCAGCCACGAGAUCGACGAGCGCAGCCCCUUCUGGGACGUGUCGCGCGGGCAGCUGGAGAGGGACGACUUCGAGAUCGUCGUCAUCCUCGAGGGCAUGGUGGAGGCCACGGGGACACGUUGUUCCUUUGGGGACACAACCAUGGGGCCAUCAUCUUGUGGGACGUGCCAUCCUUGUGGGGACACAUCCGUAGGGACGUCACCUCCAUGGGACGCGUCGUCCUUGUGGGGACAUCAUCUUCUUGGGACCCAUCACCUCCAUGGGGACAGAUUGUCUCCUUGGGGACACCAUCUCCGUGGGGACACCACCACGGGGACAGACAGUGUCCAUGGGGACACGCUGUGGAUGACCUGCCAGGUGUGCAGCUCCUACCUGGCGGAUGAGGUGGGGUCAGGGAGAUUCAGGUACAGGGGUGCCCUCAGAUUCAGGAAUUGGGUUCCCCCAGAUGCAGGAAUUGGGUUCCCCCAGAUUCAGGUAUUGGGGUCCCCCUCACCCCUCCCAUUUUGGGGUUCCCCCGACCCCCCGUGCCCCCCAGGGAUGACCUGCCAGUUGUGCAGCUCCUACCUGGCGGAUGAGGUGGGGUACAGGGGUCCCCCUCACCCCUCCCAUUUUGGGGUCCCCCCGUGCCCCCCGUGCCCCCCAGGGAUGACCUGCCAGGUGUGCAGCUCCUACCUGGCGGACGAGGUGGGGUCAGGGAGAUUCAGGGAUGACCUGCCAGGUGUGCAGCUCCUACCUGGCGGACGAGGUGGGGUCAGGGAGAUUCAGGAUGGUGGUGAUGGUUUUGGGGUGUCCCUGGGUUUGUGGGGCGAAGAGGACCCCAAAAUCUCUCAGGAGAGCAACAGGGCCAGCCCCGAGUCGCGGUGA